GCGCCACUGGUAUUAAAGCUCGCUCAGUGAGCGGUGACCUUUCUGGAUGCACUCUGAUGCACUCAGCCGCAGUGUUUAAUUUGGAUGCAAUGAAAUGUUUCCUUGUUGAUUAGAAAAUGGCAGAUGAACGAAAUUUUCGAUCAUCUUAUUACGAGAAGGUGGGAUUUCGUAGCGUCGAAGAGAAACGAUCUUUAGAAAUAUUACUAAAGGAACGUCCAUUUGACAAAGCAAAAUUAAAACAGUUCUGCUUGAGGUUUACGGUUCCUACUAUACAUAGAAAUUUUCUCUGGAAAAUAUUAUUGGAUAUCAUACCAGUUUAUGUAGAUAGUCAUAAAUUUAUAAUGAAUCAAAGAAGACUGGAAUUUCAAGAUCUGCAUAAAGCGUUGAAAGUUACCAAGAUCUUGGAUGAGUACACAAAACCUCAUUUAGUAGUUCUUACAAUGUGGUUAUUGCGUACAAGAAGAGCAAAACUUGAUAUGAGUGCCCAAUUAGAAAUUCCCUUGCAUAGAGCUAUGAGUAGAAUGGCUGAAACAUUGUGGCAUAUUGUAGAUACAGACAUUUAUGAUGAAAAACUUGUAGACACUUAUUGGAUAUUAUGUGGCCUCUUAGACCAAGUACAAAAGUUUCACAAAGAAGUCAGCAGGUUACAAGAAUGUACUUGUACAUUGUUAGAAAGAGAAGACUCAGAAUUAUAUAAACACCUUAUUAAAAUUGAAGCACUUCACAAUAUUCCAUAUGAUGUUUGGUUUUGUUCAUGUUUUGCAGGAACAAUAUCUGAUGGUUCUAUAGCAAAAAUUUGGGAUAAAAUAGCUGUAGGUGCAUACAGAAUAUUAAUUUUUGUCACUGUUGUGACUCUAACAACCUUAAGACGAGUUCUACUGCGAUGCGAAAAUAUAGACAAUGUGUUAGAUACUAUUGGCAAUAUAACAGAAGAAAGUUCAGAAGUAAUUGUUAAUAAAGCAAUUGAAUCUUGGCAACAAAGUGGGUCUACAUUGAUAACUAUUUCACAAACUAUUUAGAAAGAUUUUGGAGUAGAAACGCAUUGUAAUGGAUAAUAGAAUAUAUAAAAUGUAAAUAUGUAAAAAGGUUUCUAAUGUAUACAAAAAUCUAUAUCUGUGUAACAUAUGUCCUUAUAUCUUAAAAAUAAUUAUUUUUAUUGAUGCAUUCGUCAUACAUUUUACAUAUACAAUUACUUAAUUUAUAGAGGUGUUAAGUCUUAAACUUGGACUUUAUUCCUAAUAUUGUGAUUCUUUUGUUUUCUUUUUUGCAAUGUUAUAUUACAACAGUGUUAAUGUACUCCAGUGUGUAACAGCAAGUUAAUAAAUUUCUAAAUCAGGCGAAAACAUAAAAUUGUUGUAUUUUAUGCCUGUAUCUCCAAGAACUUAAUUGCAUAAUAUAAUAUGCACUUUCAUGAAUUCAUAUCAUGUUCUCAAUCGUAAUUAUUAAAGUAAUUCUGUCGUAUGUUUCUCACUUGUGCAAUCAUAAUGGAAUUUUAUUCCACAGUUUACCUUAACGAUAAUAUAAAAACAAUAUUAAAUUUCGAUAUGCAUAGCACUUUUUAAUAUCAGAUUAAUUCCAAGCAAUGGAAUAGUACUGAUGGAUUGAAAUGUCCAAAGAUCGAUUGAACUUUCUUUUGAACUUUUACAAAAGAAAUAAUAUAUUGCGAUGUAUGUACAUUCUUUCUAAUUUAGAAAAUAGAAGGAUUCUUGGAGAAAUGUAAGAUCAUACAAAAUUUUAUUUCUUAUUCACGCAUUGCACCAUAUUUCAUGAAUUCCUACUGCUUCCUAACAUUACGACUUUUGAGUAGAUCUUCUGCUACUAUUCAUUCUUUGGUUUUUGCUGGGAUAUGAGUAUCCCCUUUUAUCUCUUAAUUACCUUGUAACAAAUAACGGCAAUAACUUCGUGUAUGCUGAAAAAUUAUAGUAACGAAGCUAGAUUCACUUCACAAACGUUUAGAAGAAAUUAUAUACUUCUUAAAAAAAAAAAAAAAAAAAAAAACAUUAGCAGUGUGCAAAAAUUUUAGCACAUGAUCAAACUUCAUCAUCGUAAAUCGAUACUAAACAAUGUUGGCAAAUUUUUACUUCAGAGAGUUAUACUAUGGCAAUGCACAUAUAGUUCUGCAGACACUAAUUCUCUCAUAAAAUACAAGUGAAAUGCACAAAUACACUACACUAUUGUUGUAUUUACUUAACAUCAAUGACUCCAAUUUAUAACAUGCAUAUUUUAACAUUAGGGAGACGUUGCAAGCGUUCAAUUAAUAAUGUUUGCAACAUUCUUAAUCAAAAUGUCCCACUGUUUUUUUUAAGGUUAAAAGUAUAAUUUUUGUAUAAAUUGUUUUUCUUUCUGAUUAAGGCCAUUGCAUUCAUUUUGCUGACGUCUAAUUAUUAAAAUUAAUAUUUUAUGCAAAGAAAAUAGUUGACGUACUUUACAAACAUCAGCUAACUCUUGCUAGGUAUCGUAUGCAACUGAAAACUUAUUACCUACUUCAGCUAUUUAGAGUUCAUUUACAGUGUCUGUUCUUUCUUGUACUCGUCUUUCUAAUUUAAAAGGUAUGCUUAAAACAAAGGAAUGCAUGAAAAUGAAACAAAA